AUGUCAUCAAGCAACAUAAGUGAAAUUGCUAAUAAAGUUAAAUAGGCAAUUAGUAGAAAAGGUAUUGAUAAUCCUAUCUCAAAUAGCGUGAACAUUUAUUCCAACGAAGAAAAAAUCAAGAAGAUUGAGGAAUGUUUUACAGAAAUAUUAAACAUGCUCUCAUUAGAUUAAACUGAUGAUAGCAUUUGUGAUACUCCUUCAAGAGUAGCUAAAAUGUACAUUAACGAAAUGUUUUAAGGCUUGGACUAUGCUAAUUUCCCUGAUAUGACAACAAUUGACAAUAAGAUGGAAUAUAAUGAAAUGGUACAAAUUUAAGAUAUAGCUUUAACAACUACUUGCGAGCAUCAUUUUAUCACUUUUGAUGGGUUCGCCACUGUCGCAUAUAUUCCUAAAGAUAAAGUAUUAGGAUUGAGUAAAAUUAAUAGAUUAGUUAGAUUCUUUUCAAAAAGACCUCAAGUCUAGGAAAGAUUAACAAAGCAAAUUCUUGUCGCUCUACAAACAAUAGUGGAAACAGAAGAUGUUGCAGUGCAUAUAAAUGCUGUUCAUUUUUGUGUUAAGGCAAGAGGUGUAAUGGAUCAAAAUAGCUCUACUGCUACUUAUGCAUAUGGUGGCAAAUUCUUAGAAGAUAAAGAUUUAAAGAAAUAAUUUUUGGAUGGAAUAAAGAGAAAUUGA